UACUUGGCAUGACGAUAAGCUCAUUUUCUAGGUACUCUUAACCGGGUGUAGGUGUGUGGAACUCGAUUGUUGGGACGGCGACGAUGGAUCUCCGGUUAUUUACCAUGGCCACACGUUCACUACCAAGAUACCGUUUCGUUCGGUCGUGGAGGCGAUUGAUAGAAGUGCUUUUGUCAGUUCUCCAUACCCUGUAAUCCUCUCUAUUGAGAAUCAUUGCUCGCAAACUCAACAAGCACGGAUGGCGCAAAUAUUUCAAUCAGUAUUUGGGGAAAAACUCGUAACGAAAUUCUUAUUCGAGACGGACUUCAGUGACGAUCCGCAGCUGCCGUCGCCUUCGCAGUUGCGAUAUCGAAUAUUGAUCAAAAACAAGAAGCUGGUGGUGGAUCCAGGCGGACCUUUAGCCCACGCUCCCCUGAGUCAUCGAGGAAAAAUGCUCAUGUCCGAUCGUGCAUCAUCUAUGAAGCAGAUGCGUACUGACGGGAGCGCGGCUUCCGUCGUUGAAUAUUUCAGCGAGGAUGAUGACGACGAGGAGGACGAUGACGAGGAUGACAAUAUCGAUGAUAACUCCAUUUCGAGUUACGAGAGGUACUUGGGCGGGAUUCAGCACGGUCGAUUAAAAUCCGACUCCGCGGUCGACGAUAAAUCGCAGAAGCAGAGCAGCCAGAUCGCGAAAGAACUAUCGGACUUGGUGAUUUAUCUGCAAGCGAUCAAAUUCCGCGGACUGAAUACGACGCCGGGUACGGGCACUGUCGGGAAAGUACGGUAUCAGCCGCACACGGGGCCGGUUCAAAGGCACAGUAUCGCUGGCAUAGGCGCGACCAGCAUCGGUGCCGCUUCCGGGUCGCCGCAAUCUUUGUCAACGUCCGCCUCGCUCGCUAGCGGCGGGAGCAAUAUUGAAAAUCUCUUCAGGUUAGUCUCGAACUGUUGGUAUUCUACUUUUGAACGAUUUUUUAUAUCUUGCUUUCUUACUAUAUUAAAAUAA